GUGUAGUGGGCACCCUCACUUUGGACACUACUGCCUGCUGCCUGCUGUUCGUAUCCAUGCCCACCAAUAUGGGCAAGUGCAUCACCUAUUACGCCGCCGCCGACCACAACCAGAUCGUUAUGGGCGAGAGUCUGGGUCUGUCCCUCUUCGUCAACGUUACCCCGGACGACUACCCAGAGAUCGACCCGAAGAUCCUGGACGUGUCUAAAAUGACGAAGACGGGUCUGCAGGUCUCCGUGAUGAGUAACUUGACCCACCCUUCCCACGUUGUGUUGGGUCAGGGCAUCCCCAUCCUUCCCCGGGCCUACACAGCCAUACAAGUCUCCCUCACUGUGGUGGUGGAUGCGGGCAUCAAGACUGUGGUCGACUGGUCAGAGACUGAGUGCGUUCCAUCAAAUGAAGUGAACUACAAGCUGAAUGAAGAUGUCUUCCUAAAUACUGAGCCAAACUGCGAAGUUGGGGCUUCUAAUUUUUGCAUCAAGCAAGUCUGCAACUGUUCCUACUAUGGUCGUCUGCUUAACUCAAAUGACAGCUGGAAGCCAUGCUCACUGAAUACCAAUUUCCAGUACUUCAGCGCUGUCUUCAACGUUAUGAAGUACGACCCUCCUUACCGCGUUCACGGUAACGUGGCUCACGAGGGAGAGAAACUGAAUGAAACUCUGGUUCUGCAGUGCUUGGGUAAAGCGUACAGGAGGUGCCAGCGGCCGUGUACACUCUCGGACUACACCUACACCAGCACCAACCUGGCCAUCCCGGACUACCAAUACCAGGCCAUGCGCCAACAGUUCUCCCUGCAGAAUAGGAGUGACGUGGCAGCCGUCGUGGCGUUCUUCCCUACCAUGCGCUACACCGAGAUCAAACACUGGCAUCGAACUAUUGAACAAUUUAUGAGUGAACUGGGCGGCUACACCGGCGUCUUCCUCGGCUGCUCCUUCAUCACCUUGAUCGAGAUGUUCGUCUUCGGUGUGCUCUUCUGCACGGUCAUCGUCAGCAACAUCAGAGCCAGACUCUGGGGCAGUGUAGAUCCAUCUCCAUCAAUGUUCCCUUAA